CACAUAAAUCAAUCGAUUGAAAAAAAAGUAAACAGGAUGUUAAAUCCUAAACACCCUUUAAACUUACCGCUCACUCACAGUCGCGCUCACACAGAAUUUUCUUGUAGUCUAACAAGAGUCAUCUAAGCGCGUGAAGCAAUCUCCGACCUUAUUCUACCAUCAUAUUUUGGAUUCCAUUACAAGAGAGAAAUAAAGAGAUUUGUUGUUUUCGAAAGAAUCCAUAUAUUGGAGCCACAAGAGCUUAAAUCUCGUAGGACCUGAUUGGAAGCAUCUGACUACCCAUACUCAGAUCUCUGCGUUGUAUGUUAAAUUUCCUCAGGGGUUUUGAGGAUAGUGAGUUUGAAGAAAGAAUGAUGCAAAGGUAUAUGCUAAUUGGGUAUAUUUAAAUUCUUAUUAAAGAUUAUGGGUUCGAAGGAAAUUCGUGUCCCAUAUAGACAUUUGGAGCAAGAGGCGCAGAUUGAAAUGUCUUCUAUUUCUGUUUCACCGGAAUCGAACUCAAGACUUGAGAAUGGGCAAGCGACUGGAUCUGAAAGUAAUGCGAAGAACAGUAACGGAUUGAGAAUAUUGGUGUUGGGUUCUAUGAUUGCCGCAGGUGUACAGUUCGGAUGGGCUUUACAGCUGUCUCUUUUGACGCCUUACAUUCAGACACUUGGAAUAGGACAUCAAUUCUCUUCAUUUAUAUGGCUUUGUGGUCCGAUCACAGGGCUUGUGGUGCAACCCAUUGUUGGUGUCUGGAGUGAUAAGUGCCAAUCCAUAUAUGGAAGAAGACGCCCCUUCAUUUUUUCUGGGGCUCUCAUGAUUUGCUUUGCAGUGACCCUUAUAGGAUUUUCUGCAGAUAUUGGAUACCUUUUAGGGGAUACACAUGAGAGUUGCAAUACUUAUAAAGGCACACGACCUCGGGCUGCUGUUGUGUUUGUAAUAGGAUUUUGGAUGCUGGACCUUGCAAACAAUACUGUCGGAGGUCCAGCACGUGCUUUGCUGGCAGAUCUUUCAGGUUCAGAGCAGAGGAACUUCUCAAAUGCUAUAUAUACUUCAUGGUUGGCAUUUGGAAAUAUAUUAGGGUUUUCAGCUGGUGCAAGCGGACAGUGGCAUAGAUGGUUCCCAUUUCUUACUACCAAAGCAUGUUGUGAGGCUUGUGGCAAUUUGAAAGCAGCCUUUAUGGUUGCAGUGGUCUUUCUUUUGAUAUGUACGGCCAUUACCCUAUGCUUUGCUCAGGAGAUCCCAUUGGCUGCAAGUCUGCCACAAAAGACUAGUGACUCAGCUCCUUUGUUACCCCUUCAGGUGGAUGAGUUCAGGGAUACUGGCAUUACGAAUCCAAAGCUAGAUGGAAUUCAUGUUGAAGGAAAUGGAAAAGAGUCUCCCCUAGCUAACAAUGAUGCAAUGGUCCAGUCCCCAAAGAUGGAAGAAGAUGAACAUGAAGAGUUUAAGGAUGGAUCUGGGGGUGUCUUAGUCAACAUUUUAACGAGCAUGAGACAUCUUCCUCCUGCAAUGAGACCUGUUCUCUUAGUAAUGGCAUUCAGCUGGUUGUCUUGGUUUCCAUUCUUUCUCUUUGAUACGGAUUGGAUGGGAAGAGAAGUAUAUCACGGGGAUCCCAAAGGAAAUGCUACAGAAGCUGCUGCUUAUCAGAAAGGUGUUCAAGAAGGAGCAUUUGGAUUGCUAUUAAAUUCUGUUGUGCUUGGAGUCAGCUCUUUUUUGAUUGAUCCCUUGUGUCGAUGGAGGGGAUCAAAAGAUCUAUGGGCUGCAAGCAAUUUCAUUGUUUUUGUCUGUAUGGCAAGCACAGCAGUGAUAAGUGCAUAUGCUGUCAGUGAGCAUCACAAAGGAAUUCAAUAUAUGAUUGGCAAUGUUAGUUCCGUUAAAGCUGCAUCAGUGGCAUUGUUUGCCCUCUUGGGUUUUCCUCUUGCGAUAACAUACAGCAUUCCUUUCUCUGUGACUGCUGAGUUGACUGCAGAUGCAGGAGGUGGUCAAGGUUUGGCAACUGGUGUUCUAAACCUUGCUAUUGUCAUCCCCCAGAUAGUUGUUGCCCUUGGAGCUGGUCCAUGGGAUGCUUUAUUUGGAGGAGGCAAUGUACCUGCAUUUGUCUUGGCAGCUUUGUUUGCACUUGCAGCAGGGAUUAUUGCAGUGAUGAAGUUACCCAACCUUUCAAGUACUAGCUACAAGCCUGCUGUGGUCCAUGGUUUUGGAUGAAAUUGAGUUAAUUCUUUAGGAUUCAAUUCUUUAUAGCUAGCUCAUAAAAGCAAUUCUAUUCCAUUUAUGUGUUUAGAAAUGCAAUCAUUGUAAUUUACAUAUAAUAAAAUUCAAAAAUGUGAGAAUAUGCGUUCUUAA